UAAGCAAACCAGAAACCAUUAAACCAAACACAAACACAAACACAAACACAAAGAAAGAUAAUGGAGCUUGGAAUUCCUUGCUAUUCUUGCACUUCCGUCUACGGGAAACCGGCACUCAACCGGAAAACUACCACCCCCAAGACUCACACUUAUCACUUUAAUCCAUCCAAAUUCCGCCGCAAAACGACGUCGGAGCUCCAAACCACCCCCGUCGAAGUCACCGGUCGAGCCGGUAAUUCCUACCCUGCUUCAAUUCCGACCCACAAGGUUACUGUUCACGACAGACAAAGGGGAGUCGUCCACGAGUUCGUUGUUCCCGAGGACCAGUAUAUAUUGCAUACUGCUGAAUCUCAGAACAUUUCGCUUCCAUUUGCUUGCAGGCACGGUUGCUGCACCAGCUGUGCCGUGCGCAUAAAAUCUGGAGAAAUUAGGCAGCCUAAUGCACUAGGCAUAUCUGCUGAAUUAAAAUCAAAGGGGUAUGCACUUCUUUGUGUUGGUUUCCCCACCUCUGAUCUUGAAGUAGAAACACAAGACGAGGAUGAGGUGUAUUGGCUUCAAUUUGGAAGAUACUUUGCGCGAGGACCAAUUGAUAGAGACGACUACGCAUUGGAGUUAGCCAUGGGUGACGAAUAAGCAAAUGUAGGGUUUUGAUUUUGGAGUUAGGAUCUAUGAAAUGAAAUUUGCAGUUUGUAUUUUGCUGCAGUUCCUCCCCUGUAUUCUCUCUGAUUUAUAUUGUAUUCUCUGGACACUGCACAUUCAAUGCCAUAUAUGAUUGGCCAGCAAAUUGGAUAGUGUCAUUUGUGAAUGUAUCUUUCCUCAUGCUAGUCCAUCAAUAGAUCAUAUUAUUGUGAAUAAACUUUAAUUGUUA